GCCGGGCGGCGGAGGCCGAAAAGCCUCACGGUGAGCACCCGGUUCCUGUCCGUGCACUCCCGCGCGGCGCGGCUGCUGGAGAGGCUGCCCUCGCCCCUGAGCCAGGGGAGGCCGGCGGACUGGAGCGCGGGGAGCCGCAAGCUCGUGUACCUCGUGCGGCACGCGGAGGCGGCCCACAACGUGAGGGAGCGGGAGGCCCAGCUGGAGGCGAGGAGGUGCGGUUGCACGGAUCUGGAGGUCGAGCAGGCGCGCAAGCAUGCCCUGCACGACCCCGCAUUUUUGGACGCCUGCCUCAGCACCGACGGGCUCCAGCAGGUGCAGAUGGCCGCCACGUCCUUCCAGGAGCUCCUGGGCAGCACCCACUACGUCGCUCCCGAGGUGGUCCUAGUCUCGCCUCUGACGCGGGCACUCCAGACGGCGUCCACGCUCUUCCCAGGGCACAAGAACGUGUGCGCGCAGGAGUUCUUGAGGGAGAAGAGGACGGGCGAGGCCUGCGACGAGCGCAAGCCCGCGCGGGAGAUCGAGAGCGAGUUCCCGCACGUGGACGUCAGCGACAUUGCCGCCGAGGACGCGGCUGGCCCCGACGGCCACCGCUUCCGCGAGCAGCUCCGGGAGACCAACGAGCAGGUGGGCCAGAGGGCCGCCUGCCUCCUCGACGCGGUGCAGGCGCACGAGGGCAAGGCCAUCGCCGUGGUGACCCACAAGGGCUUCCUGCGCGAGCUCGCCCGGGGCCCGCUGCGGGGGGCGCUGGGCCUCGAGGGGGGCAGGCUGCCCACCGUGUUCGGCAACGCCGAGGUGCGCGUGUGCGAGGUGUCCUGGGACAGCGCGGGCCGGCUGGAGGAGGUCCUGGAGAGGACCUUGCAGGAGGUCACCGAGGCGCCCCCCAUGGAGGUCUGCGCGCAGGCCUCGCCGGCCUCGCCGCGCCGGUGCGGCGGCCGGGAGCCGUGCGGCCAGGCCAGCGGGGGCCUCUGCGUGGCAGUGGGCACCUCCUCCGAGCGCGGCGCGGCGCCCGCCCAGGCCGCCGCCGACGCCUGGAGGACCAUGCAGGCUCGGCUCGGGGGGCCUCCGUCGGUCGCCCUGGUGUUUUGCGACCCCGCGGUGGAGCCCGCGGAGGUGGCGCGGGCGCUCCGCCCGCUGGCCGGCGCCGCCUUCGUUGUGGGCGGCACCUCCUGCCGGGGGGUGCUCUCCGCCAGCGGCCCCCGCAGCGUCGGGGUGCUGGGCCUCCGCAGCUUCGCGCACCGGUGUAGCGUCGGCAGCGUGGAGGACAUUACCAGCGGGAGUGCCCGGAAGCAGACCGCCGAGGCUGCGAAGAGAGCUGCUGGUCGCUCGGUGCCGGACAUGGUCUUCGUCUGCUCGUCCCCGGGCUUCGAGGAGGACGUGCUGGCUGGUAUCGACGACGCCCUGGGCUCGGUGCCCGUCGUCGGAUGGUCCGCCGCUGGGGACAUCAGCAGCCCGCUCGACCAGCACUGGUGGCAGCUCGUCGGCAGCAUCGCUGGCUGGCACACGAUUUCCCGGGGUGCCGUCUUCGCAUGCCUGUGGAUCUUCGACGACGCCAGCGUGUCCUCGCAGCUCUCCCACUGCUUCGCGCCCACGGAGCACAAGGGCAGGAUAACCAGGGCAGAGGGCCGCCUCGUCGCUGAGAUCGACGGCAGGCCCGCCGCCGAGGUGCUGAACGAGUGGACCGGGGGGGCGCUCCGGGGCAAGCUGGCGGGGGGCAACGUGAUGGAGGAUUCCUUGCAGACUGGCCUCCACUGUACCGUGCGUCCUGGUUGUGCGCGGCGGUUGCAGGACAGCCCGCCGCCUCAAGGUCGCCCGCGGGGUCUGCGGAGAGAGGCAGAGAGAGAGAGAGAGAGAGCCGCGCUUCGCGCGCCGCGGCCUCAGCCCGGGCGGCGGCCCUUCUCGGAUGGGGGGGGGGGCGCGAGCGCGCGAAGGCAGGCGGCUCAGCGGUUGACAACACUCGUGUCGUCGGACACUUGAACGCAACAGCAAGAGCAUAGCACAACUACUACAACCGAAACCAAAAGAACAUGCCGUCAGAGAUCUGGGGCGACGGAGUCCCUCCGGAGGUCAGCUUCUUCGCCACCGUCCCCUGUGGCGAGGGCAGGCUGCUGGGAUUCAAGAGCAGCGACCAGUCCGCCGCCCUGCUGACGGCGGUCCGCAUGGCGCGGGAGGAGGUAGACUUCGCGGUGCGGGGGGCGCUGAUCUCGGUGGGCGCGGGCUGCGCUAUCGACCUGCAGAUCCUGCGCGGGGCUCUGUCGGACUUGCCCGAGGUGCUCUGCUGCUUUCCGUUCGGGCAGCAGGGGAUGAUCGGAGACGUCGCGUGCCACGGCAACAUGAUGAUCAACAUCUUGCUGUUCGGUUGACGUGAUGAGUGUCGGAUUCGGUGCAGCACAUUGCUGGGAUUGUAGUUUUGAAUAUUUUAUGUGUUUUCAAGCGCAUGCGCAUGAGUCAUGCCCUGAAGCAUCACGGGAUGCUACUAUGUGCUUGAGGCAUUGUCCUCUUGGCACGUUCGUGCACAGUGUAUCGCUGUGCGCGAAACAGUAGUGACACGAAGCUCGUACGCUUACUCCAUGCUUUCUGUGGCGAGCCCUGCAAUUGCUCGCUGAUGUAUGCCUAUGUUGCUGUGGUUUGCCGUGUAGAGGUGGGCCACUCCAGUUUCGGUCGCUGCUUCGUACGACUUGCACGGGGUAAUGGGG